GGCCUGCCCUCCCGCCCGCCUCGAAUGGCUCUGAGAACCAGCAGGCGCCCGGCUCAGCUGCUCUGGCACGCCGCUGCAAAGAUGGCCUCCUGGGCUAAGGGCAAGAGCUGCCUGGCGCCUGGUUUGCUGCAGGGCCAAGUGGCCAUCGUCACCGGCGGGGCCACGGGCAUCGGAAAGGCCAUUGUGAAGGAGCUCUUGGAGCUGGGGAGUAAUGUGGUCAUUGCAUCCCGUAAGUUGGAGAGAUUGAAUUCUGCGGCAGAUGAACUGAAGGCCAACCUACAUCCCACAAACCAGGCACGAGUCAUUCCCGUACAAUGCAACAUCCGGAAUGAAGAGGAGGUGAAUAAUUUGGUCAAAUCUACCUUAGAUACUUUUGGUAAGAUCAAUUUCUUGGUGAACAAUGGAGGAGGCCAGUUUCUUUCUCCUGCUGAACACAUCAGUUCUAAGGGAUGGCACGCCGUGCUUGAGACCAACCUGACGGGUACCUUCUACAUGUGCAAAGCAGUUUACAACUCCUGGAUGAAAGAGCAUGGAGGAUCUAUCGUCAAUAUCAUUGUCCUUACUAAAGCUGGAUUUCCAUUAGCUGCGCAUUCUGGAGCUGCAAGAGCAGGUGUUUACAACCUCACCAAAUCUUUAGCUUUGGAAUGGGCCUGCAGUGGAGUCAGGAUCAAUUGUGUUGCCCCUGGAAUUAUUUAUUCCCAGACUGCUGUGGAGAACUAUGGUUCUUUUGGACAAAGCGUCUUUGAAGGUUCUUUUCAGAAAAUCCCUGCUAAACGAAUUGGUGUUCCUGAGGAGGUCUCCUCUGUGGUCUGCUUCCUACUGUCUCCUGCAGCUUCCUUCAUCACUGGACAGUCAGUGGAUGUGGAUGGGGGCCAGUGCCUCUAUACUCACUCAUAUGAGGUAGCAGAUCAUGACAACUGGCCCGAGGGAGCAGGGGACCUUUCUGUUGUCAAAAGGAUGAAGGCGUCUUUUAAGGACAAAGCUAAGCUCUGAGCGGAGGAAACCAGGUGUCCUCCAUCCCCCAGUGCCUUCACAUCUCGAGAAUAUGCUUCUGUAUUUUUGAAAAGCUUAUAGUUGGUAUGGAAAACAUUUUUCUGAUUUUUAAAUGUUAUUAAUUAUAUCUAUUGAAAAACUAUUCCUGAAAUAUAUAUACUCUUAUUUCCCAAUAAGCCUGUGAUUUAAAAAUGUUUAAGUAACAGAAAUUAACAUAUUUUAAUGAUUUUACUUUGUAUUUCUAAGAAAAGUCUUUGAAAGAUGGAAUAAUUUUAAAUCAAUAAUAAUUCUAGGGAUCAUGAACUCCCAGAAGAUUUUAUUAUUUAAUUGUAAAGGUGGAGGCCAGGAACCAUGGCUCACACCUGUAAUUCCAGCACUUUGGGAAGCUGAGGCGGGCGGGUCACUUGAGAUCAGGAGUUCAAGACCAGGCUGGCCAACAUGGUAAAACCCUGUCUCUACUAAAAAACAACAACAACAACAACAACAAAAAACACAAAUUAGCCAGGUGUGGUGGUGCACACUUGUAGUCCCAGCUACUCGGGAGGCUGAGGUAGGAGGAUCGCUUGAACCCGGGAGGCAGAAGUUGCAGAGAGCUGAGAUUGUGCUACUGCAGUCCAGCCUGGGCUAUAGAGUGGGACUGCAUCUUAAAAAAAAAAAAAAAAAAAAAAAAAAAAACCCAAAAACAAAACAAAACAAAAAAAUCAUAAAGGUAGAAAAUCUAAAUUGUGUCAUAAUCAUGAUUAUUACAAUUAAAAUUAUAUAAUGACUUAUUUUUGGUGGCAAAUACUUUUGGAACAAUAAAGCCUUAUGGUAAUUAUUGAUGUGUAGUUUCUUUUGUUCAUGAAGUCAAAUUUGUAUAAAUUCUGUUAAUUCAAAGAAAAAGUUUUAUGUGAUUU